GGCCUGUGUGGAACAGAGAAACAAAGAGAGAGAGAGACAAAUAAAGAGUGAGAGGGAUGGACCUGUGGGAAACAGCGAGAGAACAGGAGAAUGUAAGAAAAGAUUGAAAGUGAACAUGUUAGUCAAGAGGGACACUUAAAUGCCUAUUGCAGUCAGUGAGUGUUGUUGUUUUAUAGGGUUGAAGAGGGUCGUCUACCAGAGAGGGACUGGCUGAAGAUACAGCCCCUAUCAGAGCCCAGCAGACCGUCGCGGCCCCCAUUACGACACAGUCCGUCUUCAAACUGGUGGAGGAUAUUGAUGCUCUGAGAGAAGCCCUCAGCUGCACUGAUUUGCAGGAGCUGGAGACACGGCUGGCCUCUCAGAAGGCCACCAGGGAGCAGCUGCACACCCAGAUAACACAGUGUGAGGAGUUGGUCAGAAAGAGCAUGGAGACCCUGGCUACCCUUGAGCUCCAGUACGCCCAACUCAAGUUCAGCGCCGGACCCGGUUCCGACAGGUUUGAGCAGCUGAAGGUGGAAAUGCAGGUGGAGCUUGAACAGGAAGAGGAUUGUUGCAGCCAAUGGGAAGCCAAGCUGGGCAAGGCCCAAUCUGUGCUGCAUGGGGUGGAGCAGGGUGUCAACAACCUGUUCUUCAGGAUUAGCUGGGACUCUCCCAGGCAGUUGGGGGAUCUGGAUGCCACCGAGAAGCUGAGGGAAAUCGGUGUCCGUCUGCUCACACUGCAGACCACAGCUUCAGAGAAGACUGAGGAAAACACUGCCGACCAUGAGAAGGUGUGGAGCUUCCUGGAGCAGAGCAUCAUGAUGGAGCCCAGAAACUUCAAAAGGGCCAGUAGCCCAGUGUACAACAGCGUCUCAGAAGACACGUUCCAGUUCCGCAGUCUGGAGGAGGACUGCACCCUGUCCCGCGAGGAGAUCAAGUGUCGCAGUAUCCAUCUGAUCGAGGCCCACCAACCCAAGAAGAAAGCCCGAGGGGCACCAAGAAGAGCUAGAGGCAUGUUUCAGAGAGAAGGACCAGACAGCCUGACAGCUGUGGCCCUCUACAUCCUACAGGGAGUAAGGCUGAGGAAUAAUAAACAGACUCAUAGUAUGAUUUUACUCUCUUUGUAGUCUACUUCAUACCUGAGUUUCUUACUGCUAUGUUAAGGAUCAGGGAGAUUAGAGUAAGGUCUAGUUAACACAAAGUUAUGUUUUUACAAUCUCUCCGCCCUCUCUGCAAUUAGGUAACACUUGCAUACUUUGACACGGCAAUUCAUAAAAUACAUCAUCUGGGAUAUAUUCAAACUGUGGAAAAACAGUGCGCUGGAGUGCGAUUGCACCUCUCAUAAACCAUUGGGUGGUGGCACUAAGCAGAACAUUCUGAAGUGUUGAGUGUGUAAGACGGAGAGGGGGAUAUGGAACCGUGGUUGAAUAUGAAAGGCAGAAGAAUAUGAAAGUGAUGGAAGAAUCUGGUGAUGAGAUGAACUAGUAGGGGAGUUGAAAGAAGUGGUCAUCUUGCUUAAUGGCUCGGUUUGAUAUUUCCUUUGUUUAGAAGGCUAUAAACAUACAGAACUAAUGAUUCCCCCUCAGGAAUAAACACACAAUACAAACAGAACUUUGAAUAGAUAGACAGUUAUUUAGGUGAAAUUGGAUCAGAGAGAUGGAGACAUGGAUUGGCAUGUGACUGAGAACAAGGGGUCAAUAUAAUACUGUAAUUGGGUCAUGCAUGGAGUAGAUCAAUGUGAAACAUAGAGUCCGAAACUGCUUGAGGCAGGUGAUACAGCGACUAGGGAGUUUCUGUAUCUGGAACUAACCAAACUAAGCCUGCAUCCCAAAUGGCGCACCCUAUUCUCUUUAUAAUGCACUACAGUUGAAGUCAGAAGUUUACAUACACCUUAGCCAAAUACAUUUACGCUCAGUUUUUCA